AUGGUCAACCUCUGGGGUAUCGUUACUCUUGGCCUCGCGGCGAGCGCUGCAGCUUCGCCUGCCGCCUUCAAUGCCGUAGUAGGCCAGUCUGACCCCGGCCGUCCUGGAAAAGGCAACAACUCGCCGGACUGCGGCAAAUACAACUUCGUUUUCACCGGCUUGCCAUGGAACCACCCUGGUGUAGCGGCAAGCGGUUUCACUUCCCAGCAGGCUGAGGCUGGCCUCCGGUCAGACAUGGCGGCCAUCGCGCAGGCCGGUUACAACAUCAAGGCUAUCCUUACUGGGCCUGAGGAUGAUUUGAGCUUCAUCUCCAAGGAACUGAAGGGUGUAAGCUGGACUGGAGUUGGUGUGGGAUUUGGCGUCCGAGGAAACCCUUCACCACUGAUCACGCGUCGACUCAUGGACAUUCUUCAAUUGUAUCGCGACGAGGCAUCUUGUGCUCGGAUUCUGUUCAAUUACUCACCCACUACGUCCCUCUGGGCUAUUCAGCAGUACUUUCCGCUCCAGACGAACUGCACAGACAGCCCCGGCAAGAGUUUGCUUUAG